AUGAGGACUAUUAGAGAUUCCCCAGCAGAUUAUUCCAUAGCUGAGUCACGGGUAGACUUCGCCAUAUUACAAGCAGAACCAUGUCACGAAAAUGUAAAAGAAAGGAAGGAGUGCAAGUUCGAGAAAGCACCCUGUUUUAGAUUUGACAACGAGAAGAGGCUAGUAAAACACAUUCUUAAACUUGGUGAGGCAGGAUUUCCUCCAAAUAGGCAAGCCAUACGCAUGUUAGCUUAUCAAUUUGCUGGAAAACUAAAUCUGAAACAUAAUGAAAUGGCUAAAGGUGCAUGCCUCAAAAGUUUUAUUGAACGAAAUCCGGAACUAUCUACCAGACAAGCUGAACGUUUAUACUGAUACUUAAUAUAGGUACGAAUAGUUUAUAACAACAAUUUAGAAUUUAUGUUUUUUGUUGGUUAAAUGCUUGUAAAGUUGAUUUUACCAAAAAAUAGGAUUAUGAAUGUUGUAACUUGAGAAUUUAUAUGUUAAUUAAACAAGCCCUCUAUAAUAUUUAAUGAGAGUUCCUAAUUUGUGUGAUAUUAAUUUAUC